GCCAUUGGGUUCGCCCCAACCAAAUUGUUUUCGCUUUCUACUCAACUGGUACUGUACUGUUUCCCUUGAGCCUGUAGCUAUCUGCGAAAUGCCAGACAAAGAUGCACAGACUCCGCGUGUCUUCUUGAUCCGUCAUGGCGAGACCGAAUGGAGCAAGUCCGGCCAGUACACGGGCAAAGCCGACAUCCCUCUUACUCCCCACGGCGAAGACCAGAUCAAAGCCUCUGGCCGGAUUGUGUACGGGAAUGGCAAACUCAUAGAUCCUGCGAAAGUCGCCAAAGUCUGGGUCUCGCCUCGGAAGCGUGCCAUCACUACCUACCAACUCCUCGCAGGCACUAGGGAAGGGUACGAAGUCACAGAGUGUUUAGCGGAGUGGGACUAUGGGGAUUACGAAGGCAUCAAGACGCACGAGAUCCAAGCGAAGCGUCACGACCGCGGACUCGACAAGGACCGUAAAUGGGACAUCUGGCGCGAUGGUUGCGAAGGCGGCGAGUCACCCACUCAGGUGGCUGCACGUAUCGACGAACUGAUCUCGCAGAUCCGAGACCUGCAAGGACCGCUCAUGAAAACUUCCGGCCAGCCUAAGGACGUCGUGCUUGUUGCCCACGGCCAUCUAACACGAGCGUUUGCCAAGCGGUGGCUAGGCUACGAUUUAUCGUUCCCGUUAAGCCUGAUGAUGGAACCGGGCGGUGUCGGUAUACUGAGCUACCAGCACAGUAGCAUAGAUGAGCCGGCGCUGUUGCUCGGGAUUGGGUUCCCCAUGCAGCAGUGAUUGCGUGUUACAGGGUUUCCCCGAAGAUGGCUGGACGAGGUCAUAAACUUACCGGCAAUGAACAGAAGAUAGAUUGGGUAGACUCGAUGGUCGGUUAGAUUACAUGAUCAUAUCUGGUUGCCCUCUACCUUGCCACUCCUGCUUGUUAGACGCGACGGUCAAAGUACCCGUGUUGCUCGACAUUUAAUAGCAUCCCGCUAUGCUAAUUGUUGCCGAACGGGACGUCCUUGUUGAUCUUUGCGUCGGCGCCUUGAUCGAGCAUCUUAUCGUCCUGUUGCGGCACGCCAGCGUCCC